UGCACUCCAAAUGCAUUUAUUUUAUUUUGUUGUUCCACAGUUGCACUCCCCAUGAUUAUUUAUUUUUGUUUUGUUCCAAUUCAAAAACUAGCAUUUACCUUGAGAAGACCUUAAGCACUUUCAACAUAUCGAUCCAAAUUUAAGUGCUUUGAUUUGCAAGUAAAGUACCUCAUAGUCGUGAUGAAAUUGAUCACAGCUUAUCUGGAUCAAAUUAUGGAUCUAAUUGUCGAAGGGCCCUAUUUUCCUGUUUUCAUUUCCCUCCUUGUCUGCAUCCUGGUGAUUUUUUGGAAGCGAUCCAGAGCCGAAGGCCUAAACUCACCCCCAGGGCCAUGGAAACUGCCGAUUAUUGGAAACUUGCAUCAAAUGGUCGGUCCACUGCCACACCACACAUUUAGAGACUUAGCCAAGAAACAUGGACCCAUCAUGCACCUUAAACUGGGUCAAUUAGAGGCCGUGAUUAUUUCAUCUGCCAAAGCUGCCCAGGAGGUGUUGAAGACUCAUGAGCUUGCAUUUGCGCAGAGGCCUAUUAUUUUGGCGACAGAGGUUUUGUCUUUUGGUCAAGGAGGUAUUAUCUCUGCUCCUUAUGGAGAUUUGUGGAGAUCAUUGAGAAAGGUUUGUAUGUUCGAGCUACUGAGCGCGAAACGCGUGCAGUCUUUCGGAUCCAUAAGAGAAGAAGAGGCACAGAAUCUUGUUGAGUCCAUUGGCUCAAUGUCUCACAAGGGACUGGCCAUCAAUUUUAGUGACAGGUGUUGCAACUUCGUAAAUGACGUGGUGUCAAGGGCAGCAUUUGGGAAAAAAUGCAAAGACCAAACGGAGUUCCUUUCGCUACUAGAUGAAGUAAACAAACUUGCUAGUGGAUUUGAUAUUCCUGAUUUGUUUCCUUCACUCAGUUUUCUUGGGUUCGUUACUGGGUCGAUCCCUGCUUUGAAAGACAUACAAAGCAAGCUCGGUAAGAUUCUCGAAACUAUCAUCAAUGAUCAUAAGACCAAAAGAUCCAAAAAGGACUUGAUGAUCAGUAGUACUAGCACUAGUACUACUACAGCAGGCAAUGACCAAGCGGAGGAGGGGGAGGAGGAAAAUUUUGUCGACGUACUUCUAAAACUUAAAAAGUCCAAUAAGGCGGAGUUCAACUUCACUACCAAUCAGAUAAAAGAUAUCAUUCUGGACAUCUUCGCUGCAGCAAGUGAGACUUCAGCUACUACCAUAGAAUGGGCAAUGUCAGAGUUGAUGAAAAACCCAAGAAUCAUGCAGAAGGCUCAAGCUGAAGUGAGACAGUUAGUUGUCCAAUUUGAAGGAAAGAAAAGCAAAGUUAUUGAAGAAAGAGAUGUUAAAAAGUUGGACUACUUGAAAUCGGUGGUGAAAGAAACUCUGAGGUUACACUCUCCACUUGCUUUGCUCCCAAGAGAAGCAAGGGACACAGUUCAAGUUGGCGGAUAUAAAUUACCAGUUAAAUCAAAAGUAAUUAUCAAUCUAUGGGCAAUGGGAAGAGACCCAGAUAUAUGGGGGGCAGAUUCUGAAUGUUUUAAGCCAGAGAGGUUUCAUGGCUCUUCUGUUGACUUUAAGGGUUUUGACCUUGAGUUCAUUCCAUUUGGGGCCGGCAGAAGAAUAUGUCCAGGCAUGUCAUUUGGUGUUACCGUGAUUGAACUUGCUCUAGCUGAAUUGCUCUACCACUUCGAUUGGAAACUGGCGAAUGGGAUGAAUCCAGACGAACUUGACAUGACGGAGAGUUUAGGACUGACCUGUAAGAGAAAAAAUGCUUUGUACCUAACUGCCACCCCACAUUUUACUUCACUCGGUAAGUCACAGUGACUUGACGUUUUGUUGCCAUGAGUGGCCAACAAAACCAGCACCAUUCUGGUCUUUCAGGUAUCAAUUGUUCAUUCACUUCUGUAUUCCCUCUUUUACAGGCUAAAACAUGUUUUCAGUCCCAUCAGCCUUUGCAAUGUUCCACUUUCGUUCCUAUGUUUUCGAGUGCAACGAUUUUCAUCCCUGCAGUUUGCAGAUUGUUUAAAUCCAAGGCUUCUUUUCAUUUGUACUUGCGUAACAAGGCAUUAUUAAUGCAAUGUUAAUUCUUUAAUAAUAAUAUGUUAUGUAUUCCUAAGAUGUAAACUUCUUAUUCAGGUCAGUAAUAUAUGUACUUGUGUGUGUU